UGAGUAAGGAGCUAAGAUGGCCUUGGUCGCAAAACCUUUUUGGCUUUAUUCAAACAAGCAGCAACUGAUAAGGACAACUGAAAUUCCUUGAGAACAGACAUUGAGUACAUAUUUCUGAAUGUUUUUUCUUCUGCCAUUUGAGAUUUAAAUCUCACGGAAUGAUCUCUGUUGUGAUGUACUUAAGUAAAAUAGCUGAGAACUGGGGCUGUGUGUAGCUGAGAGGUACAUGCAGCCACAUUAAUGUUGGAAGACCAACAAAAUUAUGAUUUGCUUAGAUCAGAAUGGUUAUGGGAAGGAAAUGAAAUCGUCCGGCUUCCAGUACCCCUUUCACCCAUACCCUUGAUUUCAGGCCACGUCCAAAGCUAGUUUUAAUAAAUAAAAUUGUAUAAUGUUUUGCUUUAACAGAGCUUCCAGAAAUGUUGUUUGUUUCUAUGUGUGGAUAUUGGUGGUGAUGCUUUGAUCAAGGCUGAUGUUGGUUUUCUUUGAAAUAUAUAUGAUAGGGCACCAUAGUUGAAAAAUUGGUGUCCACCAUUUGUCAGCAUUACUGUCGGGUAUGCUGGAAUAUUGCAUUUUGAGAUAUGGACUCCCCUAAUGCAGUAUCUUGAAAACCCAUCUGUCAGAUAAUCUACAUUGUUGUGCCUAGUGCAGCUUUUAAAUAGAUUUCUUUGUUACUCUGGGGUGGUGUGAAGACGGUGUUACGAAGACUAAUUGUUUGACCCGCUGAUAAUAUAGACCGUCGGGUUGAAAACAUAAUCAGGGAGACAUAAAGUUGAGCAGCUGAAAUGAAUUACCCAGCAUAAAACGGAAGCUCACGGAUAUGUGAAGUAAAACACGUGUGUUUACAUAGGGGUCUAUAACGAGUUGGGUUGCCUUCUGUGAGGAACGUUUUGCUGAAGGAGUACUUCAUUUAUUCAGUAGUUAAAUCCACGCCGGUUCUGUUCGGAAGGGCCGAUCACCAGUUUGUCGGGGAGAGUCGAGCGGUUUUUUUUUUAAAGAACACGUGGUUUGUUUUUUUUAUUUUCCUUUUAUUUCUGCGUGUUCCGCAGAAGGGGUCCCUGGUUCUCGACAGCGAGAGACGUCUAAAAGCAAGUACGUACACGACAAAAGAGUAAGCGUGUCGCAAUCCGGUUAACUUCCAAGUCAAAAGAAAACGGGGCGUGCACUAUCAAAGUGAUCCUCUGGUGGAACCGCCGCUACCCAUUAGUCGCCCUGGAAAGGAGACAGGCGUUUGCAGAAGGAAAUCGUGUGAUCACAAAAGCCACUACUAAAAGCUAGUGUCGACGUGGAGUCUAUCUCUAGGAGAGCCAAAAAAGCGAUGAUGUGCGCUGUGUUAGGGCUCAUUUGAAAUGGCGCUUCCAGGACGCGGCCAUUUUACUCAGAAAAUGCACCGAACAACACGAAUCAAAAUAACUGAACUGAACCCUCAUUUGAUGUGUGUGUUGUGUGGAGGAUACUUCAUAGAUGCAACAACCAUCAUUGAGUGCCUACAUUCAUUUUGUAAGACCUGCAUCGUCCGUUACUUGGAAACCAGCAAGUACUGUCCCAUUUGCGACGUGCAAGUUCACAAAACUAGGCCCCUUCUUAACAUUAGGUCAGAUAAGACGUUACAAGAUAUUGUGUAUAAAUUAGUUCCUGGCCUUUUCAAAGAUGAAAUGAAACGUAGAAGGGACUUCUAUGCUGCUCAUCCUUCUGCUGAUGCAGCAAAUGGCUCUAACGAAGACAGGGGUGAAGUUACAGAAGAAGAAAAGAGGAUUAUAACAGAUGAUGAAAUCAUUAGUUUGUCAAUAGAAUUCUACGAACAAAAUAAGACUGAACGAAAAGAAAUUUCAGAAAAAGAGAAAACAAAAGAUGAGAUGAAUGACAAGAGAUAUUUGCGGUGUCCAGCAGCAAUGACUGUGAUGCAUUUAAGAAAAUUCCUUAGGAGUAAAAUGGACAUCCCUCAAACAUUUCAGAUUGAUGUUAUGUAUGAAGAUGAACCAUUGAAAGAUUAUUACACUCUUAUGGAUAUUGCCUACAUUUAUGCAUGGAGGAGGAAUGGACCACUUCCUCUAAAAUAUCGAGUCCAGCCAACAUGCAAAAGAAUUAAAAUUGGUAAUCAACAAGAUGGAUUCAAUAACACCAGUGGAGAGGUAGAAAGUGACUCUGGGAGUGAUAAGGCUAAUAGCCCAACUGCUGCACCAUCCACAUCGUCAUCACUGCCCAGUCCCUGUACUCCAGGGCAGUCUCCACAUCCACACUUUCCUCAUAUAUCAACUACCAUGAAUGGUUCCUCCAAUGCCAAUACUACCCAUCAGAUCCCAUUCAGCAAUAACAGACCACGCAAAUCAUCUGUCAAUGGCUCAUCAGUGUCAUCAGGCUGACGGUAUUCACCACAUUGAUGGUACAAUACAUAUUCGAAGGCCUGUUCAUAUGAUGUGAUAAUAUAUAGAUAGAGAAUGCUUAGCAUUGUGAGCAUCGUUAACAUCACUAUUUUGUAGUGACUUGUACAUUUGGUGUAAAGCAAGAAACAAGAUGUGGCUAUAACAAAAAUAGCCUUGACAACAUCUUUUGCUCCUCCAUGAUGAUUUUCCAACUUUUGGGAAUGCGAAAUAGCAAUGGAUCUACAUCACUGCACUGUGUAUUGCAAAGAUUUAAGGACAUAUGCAUCAAGAAAGUGUUGGAUCUGAUGACUCAUUUGAUUCGCUGGAGAUGAUAUUCACAGUGAAAGAUGAAGGAAGGAAAGCUGGGAAGGCAAUUAUUGUAAAGAUAUAAACGUUGGAAGAUAUUUUGUAUAACUGUUUUAAUUGAAUUGAAGUUUACUAUAUCUAUAUAUCAACAUACUUUUAAUUUGCUGGUAUUGCAUUGUGAUAUUGACUGUACAGAUGAAAUAUAAGAAGGCUAGUGAUUUUUCCACAAAGACACCAAUUGACAAGGAAUCUAAAAGAAAUGAUCAAUAGAAAAAAAAAUGUUCUUUUUAGCCAUUUCACUGUGAAAACUGAUUUGAUGGUAGAUGUCAGCAUCAAUGGUUGUUAAAUGUUUUCCUGCAGCAUUAGUAUACAUACUACAAGAAAAUGAAAUGAUCAACCUGAAAUAAAACUGUUUUCAUGAUUUUAUCAUUUUAGACCUCAAGUGGGUAUUAAGUAUUUGAAUUCCCUGUAGAACAGUAUCACUAUACAUAACAAUCUCAUUGACAAAUUAAGUUUCUUGAUCCCAGAAAUAUUUUAAGGAAAUUCAGAGGUAUGGUGUCUAUGGAUAGAAGUCUAAUAUCCAGUAUAAUCACAAUGAAAUGUGGUUAUGUAAGGCAUAUACUACCUCUGAGAAUUCAAAUAAUUAUUUUUGAGAUCAUUCCCCUAUAACCAAAUCCAAAUGUAUAUAUGCUAUAUUUAAAUAUUUUAUUUGAAAUGUUCAUUAUUUGUACUUGUAUUGAAUAGUCCAAGUCACAAUCGGCAAACAUUUUUUAAAGUUCAUAUACCAGAAAUCUCUAAUUUGAAAGUGUUUACAUCUGUAAAUAUUGUAAUUGAACUAAUGUUCUUACAAUGGUUUUUUUUUUCCAUUGAAUUUGUCAUGGAUUGAAUCUUGGUCAGUAUAGAGGUUGAUGUUAACUGUUUGACCAUGUCAGUGAACAUAACAUUAGUGAAUGACAUUAAAGGCGGCCAGAGCUCAAAAUGUUUGCAUUUUCAAAA